GACAGAUUUCUCUUAGGAUACAUCUGAUUUAAAGAGCCACACUGAAAGGCUUCAAUCGAUCAGAAGCCAUUUGGAUUGCAAGAAGUAUGGCAGACAAUAUACCUGGUGGAAUAGUAGCAGCCGCAAAGAACCGUCUGCAGGUGGUGAGAGGCUUAGAGGAUGUGGAAGUGUCCGAGUGCGAGAGCUGCUCCUUUGAGGUGACCCUUAACCUGUCAUACAUCGAGGGAGUGUGGACCAGGGAUGGGAUGCGGCUCAAGUCCAAGCCCAACUGUCGCAUCAGCACACACGGGAAGACGCAUUCUCUCAUAUUAAACAGAGUGGCUUUGGCAGACGUGGGCUUGAUCUCUUUCCAGGCCAAUGGCAUUCAGACCUCCGGCAAACUCACUGUUAGAGCUAAAGACAUCCACAUCAUCAAGGAACUAGAGGACGUUGAUACUGUGGAACGUCAGUCCGUUAGCUUCCUGUGUGAAGUAAAUCAAGUGGAUGUUGAUGGUCGGUGGUACAGAGAUGACUGUAGGAUCCGACCCGGGGACAACAUUAAGAUCAGACAUCAGGGUAAAACACACACCCUCUCUUUUAAGUCGGUCAGGCCAGAGCACGCUGGAGAAAUCAGAUUCACUGCAGAGCGUGUCUCAUCUUAUGCAAAUCUUACAGUAAAAGAGCUGCCAGCCCAAAUAAUGCGUCCCCUGAGAGUCAAGAUCGCCAUGUACCACCACAGAGGACUCCUGGAGUGCCAGGUUUCUCGGGCCAACGCUCAGGUCAAGUGGUACAAGAACAAGAAGGAGCUUGUGUCUAGCAAAAAGUACCAACUUGUCAGCCAAGACGUCUACAGGCAGCUCACCAUUGAUGACAUCUGCUCCUCAGACGAAGACACCUACACCUGUGACACAGGAGAUGACAAAACCUGUUGUCAGCUUCUAGUUGAGGAGCAGGCUAUGAGCAUAGUUCGGGGCAUGAGCUCAGUGGAAGUGACAGAACCAGAGCCAGCACUCUUCCAAGUGGAGACCAACUUGAAGUCAGGGAGGCCACCCAGAUGGACCCUGAAUGGAAAGGUGUUGGAGUCGAGUGAAGAGGUGGAUAUCUACAGGGAGGGCACCAUCCACAGCCUCUGCCUCACCUCAACAGACAGCUCCAUGUCAGGGCCUGUGGUUUUUGUCGCUGGCAAGAGCCGUUCUUCUGCUGAGCUUACGGUAAAAGAGCGGCCCCUUCAAGUUGUCCGCAAUUUGGAAGAUGUAGAAGCCAAGGAGAACAGCUCUGUCACUCUGAGCUGUGAGUUUGCCCCCUCGCCCAGGGUGGUGAGGUGGUUUAAAGGUCGUACAACUCUGAAGACUUCAAACAAGUACAGAAUGAGGAGAGAUAGCAAACGUGCAGAGCUGACAAUCCAUGGCUUGGUAGGAAUGGACACUGGGCAAUAUCGCUGCACGGCAGGGGGUUCACAGAGCACGGCACAUGUUAAAGUCAAAGUGCGAACGCUCAAGCUGGUCAAACACCUUGAACCAGUGGAACUUGAAGAGGAUGGCGUCGCCAAUUUCACUUGUGAGCUCAACUAUGUGGUUCCCAACGUGGAGUGGCUCCUCAACAAUGUCCGCCUCUAUUUUAACGCCAUAAACAGAAUCCAGCACAUGGGUACCAUGCACAGCCUCACCAUGAAGAAACCGAGACCCCAGCAAAGCAGGGUCACCUUUAAAGCUGGCCUUCUUUCAGAGACAACAACUUUAAAGGUCAAAGAGCGCCCUGCGGUCUUCCUUAGACCUCUGGAGGAUGCAGUUGGGGAAGAGCAAGGUGAGGUCUGCCUACAGUGUGAAAUUUCCAAAGAGUCUGUGAUUCCAGUCUGGAGGAAGAAUGGCAUUGUCCUGACACCUGAUGAAAAACACGAGUUGUGCCAGUAUGGAAGAUCCAUGGCACUGAUUGUUCAUUGCUUGAGCAAAGAUGAUGCUGGACAAUACACCUGUGAUCUAGGAACCAGCCAGACCAAGGCUAAAGUUUCCGUACAUGAUUUACAUAUCACUAUUAUCCAGCGCUUGAAAACCACAUCCGUGCUGGAGGGUGAAAGCUGCACUUUUGAAUGUCACCUGUCUCACAAUCUUAGUGAUGAGCCUUUCUGGACCAUCAACGGUCAAGUGGUUGUCUCCAACAGCCACUUCCGGGUCGUCAACAAUGGUCGCAAGUACAAGUUGAGCAUUAAAGAUGCAGUUUUGUCAGAUGCUGGAGAAGUGAUAUUUACAAUUAAAGAUUUAAGCUGUAGGACCAUGCUCUUUGUCAAAGAGAGGCCAGUGCACAUUUUUAGGGAUUUGUUGAAUGCCAAGACAGUGCCAGGUGAAGACGCGGAGCUCAGUUGUGAGAUCACCAAACCUGAGGUCAGCAUCCACUGGCUGAAAAAUGGCCAUUUAAUCAGGCAGAGUCACAAAUAUAGGAUGAGUGUGGAAAAGAACCUCGCAAGGCUGAUAAUCAAGAACACCACAAUCAGAGAUUCAGGAGAGUACUGCUGUCAGGCUGAUGGGGUUGCCUCCCGUGCCAAGCUAGAGGUCAGAGAACUGCAGCAUUCAUUUGCAAGGGAGUUAAAGGACACCCAAGCAGAGGAAAAGGGUAAAGUGACCUUGGAGUGCGAGACCCGACUGCCAGCCAAGCGAGUGAAAUGGCUGAAGGGCAUGAUGGAGCUCAAGUCUAGUAGGAAGUAUAUCAUGAGGCAGAAGGGUGUGGUGCUGUCACUCACCAUCACUUAUCUGGAGAAGUUGGACUCAGAUAUCUACACAUGUGAUGCUGGGACCAUGCAGAGUCGUGCACAGCUGACUGUGCAGGGCCAGAGAGUGGUGAUCCUGGAUGAACUGGAGGACAUCGAGUGCCUUGAAAGCGACACAGUCACAUUCAAAUGUCAAAUCUGCCCCAGUGACUACACGGUGGUGAAGUGGUACCUGGACGAGACUCUGCUGUACAAUAAUGAACUUAAUGAGAUCCAGAUGCUUGCGGGAGGCUACCACACGUUGACAUUUAGACAGCUGGCCCGCAAAGAUACUGGCACCAUCUCAUUUGCAGCUGGUGACAAACGAUCAUAUGCGUCACUGUUGGUUAGAGAGAGACGGCCAACCAUUUGUAAAGCGCUUGAGGACUGUGAGGCUAUUGAAGGAGGGGGUCUCGUUUUGUCCUGCGUGACCUCAAAGCCAUGUCACAUCCUGUGGUACAAAGAUUGCUGCCUAAUGUGGAACUCGUCAAGGUAUUUUACAAGUCGUUCGGGAUGCGAGGCUCGGCUGGCAAUUCGGGAAGUUUGCCAAAGUGAUGCUGGAGUGUAUGAGUGCAGUGCUGGAUCUGUUACAACAAGGGCUGUUGUAACCGUAAAAGGUAUCCCAGCGGAGUUUACUAAGCUUCUACAAAACAUAGAGUCCCGCGAAGGUGAGACUGCUACCCUGACAUGUGAGUACUCUCUGCCGGGGGUCCAGUUCCACUGGAGAAAAGGCGUGGAGAGCCUCAGGCCUGGAGACAAGUAUGUGAUGAAACAGAGACAGACCGUCAAUUCACUCAUAAUCCGAGCACUGAAGCCAGAGGACUCAGGGGAGUACACCUGUCAGUGCAGAGGCCACCACACUACUGCAAGGCUCAAAGUACAAGCUAUUCCGAUUACAUUCAUCCAGCAGAUGAAGAACAUGCAUGCAGAGGAAGGGAGCAAUGUCAUAUUACGCUGUGAACUCUCCAAAUCUGGAAUACCAAUAGAAUGGAUGAGGGCGCAAGAAGUGUUGAAGAAUGGAGUGAAGUACCAGAUGAGAAGAUGGGACACAACCGUGGAGCUUUUAAUAUGGAAAGCUGUUCCUGAGGACAGUGGGUUCUACAAGUGUUUGUGUGCUGAUCAAGUCACAUCCGCCACUGUCAAAAUCAAAGCUCUGCCGCUCACCUUCAAACAGAAGCUGCGUAACAUGACCUUCGAGGAGGGCAGCACUGCAACUUUACGCUGUGAGCUUUCCAAAGCAUCUCUCUCUGUGGGGUGGAGGAAGAGGGGGGAUGAGCUCAUCAAGAACGGCGACAAAUAUCACAUUCGCCAGAGGGACACACUGAUUGAACUGAGUAUCCUGGAUGUGACGCCAGAGGACAGCGACAUUUACACAUGCAUUUGCGGGAGCAUAGAGACCACAGCGACUCUCACUGUGAAUGCAUUCCCAAUCACGUUCAAACAAAAGCUGAAGAACCUUCAAGUGGAGGAAGGACACAACAUCAUGCUAUCUUGUGAGAUCUCUAAGCCUGGCGUCGUUGUGGAGUGGAGGCUGGCCGGUGAGCUGCUAGAAGAUGGUGAGAAGUACCAGAUGAAGCAGAGAGGCUCGAUGCUGGAGCUGACCAUCAGGGAUGCAAUACCAGAGGACAGUGGCAUCUACACCUGUGUCUGCAGAGACCAGAAGACAAAGGCCACUGUUAAAGUCAGUGCUGUUCCCGCCACGUUUAACGGGAGUCUGAAAAGCCAGGAGGCAGAAGAAGGCAAUAGUGUGACACUGCGCUGCGAAGUGUCUAAAACAGAUGUCCUGGUAGAGUGGCAGAAAGAUGGAGAGGUGCUGCCUGAGGAGAUGUCUGGAAGAAAAUACCAGCUGAAGCUGGAAGGGAAGACAGCUCAGUUGACCAUUGUCAAUGUUCAAGCGGAAGAUGCGGGGAGGUACAGCUGCAUUACAGGAGAUGAGAAAACCACUGCUGAACUCAAAGUGAAACCACUUCCUGUCACAUUCAAACGUAAGCUCCAGAAUUUGGAGGUGAAGGAAGGUGACAGUGGACUUUUCUGCUGUGAGCUCUCCAAACCUGGAACUCCAGUGGAGUGGAGGAGAGGUCGAGUGCUUCUGAGCAGUGGAGGCAAGUAUGAGAUGAAGCAGGAAGGGCCGUACACGAAGAUGAUCAUCAACAACGUGCAAGAUAGCGAUGCUGGGAAAUACUUUUGCAAGACAAAGGACAGCCAAUCAACUGCCGAGCUGUCGGUCCAAGGUUUACCACCACGUUUCACGCUCAUGCUUGCCAACCAGGAGGUGACUGAGGGCAACAGUGUGUUUCUGCGCUGUGAACUUAACAAACCUGCCCACUCUGUCGAGUGGAGGAGAGGAGGGCUGGUGUUGAGGCAAGGAAACAAGUACCAGAUGAGGAAGAAGGAUUUGCAGCUGGAGAUGACUAUUGGCGAAAUCACUCUCGAAGACGCUGGUGAUUACACUUGCAUUUGUGAUGAAGAAAGUACUACAGCUCGGCUCGCAGUGAAUGAACGACCUGUCAAAUUCCUCCGUGAACUGUGUAAUCUUGAAGUGCUUGAGGGCAACGGAGUAAUGCUUUGCUGCCAGCUCUCCAAAGCAGAUCUCAGUGCUCAGUGGAUAAAGGGAGAUGAAGUGCUGACCGAUGGUGACAGGUACCAGCUCAAGCAGAGAGGCUCCACACUGGAACUGCUCAUCAGAAAGAGUCAGCCUGAAGACAGUGGUGUUUACAGCUGCAUUUGCGAAGACAUUAAAAGUACUGCCACAGUUAUAAUAACUGCAAUUCCAGUGACAUUCAAGCAAAAGUUGAAGGACCAAGAAACAGUGGAGGAGAGCAGUGUGACGCUCCAUUGUGAGCUCUCCAAACCAGGAAUCCCAGUUGAGUGGCGAAAGGAUGCUCAGCUCCUGAGGGAGGGAGCCAAAUAUCAAAUGAAGCAAGAAGGCAGGGUGUGUGAGGUGCUGAUCAAAAAUCUAACUCUCAAGGAUGCUGGCGAAUACAAUUGCUCUGUUGGUACAGCUGUGACUUCAGCUGAUAUCAAAGUAAGAGCCCUUCCUAUUACAUUUAAGCAAGAAGUUCAGAAUUUGGAAGUGAAGGAAGGUGGCAGUGGUGUGUUCUGCUGUGAGUUGUCCAAACCUGGAGCUCCCGUGGACUGGAGGAAAGGAAGAGUGAUCCUGAAGCCCGGUUACAAAUAUGAAAUGAAACAGGAGGGAAAUUUCACCAAACUGUUCCUCAACAAUGUAGAAGAGAGUGAUGCGGGGAAGUACACUUGUAAAACUAAAGACAGCCAAUCCACUGCUGAGCUCACAGUGAAAGCACCUCCCAUCACAUUCAAAACCAAGUUAAAGAACCUGCAAGUGGAGGAGGAGAACAACGUAACGUUGACAUGCGAAUUGUCCAAGCCCGGCCUUUCUGUUGAAUGGAGGAAAGGCCAGGAGCUUCUGAAGAAUAAUUUCAAGUAUCAGCUAAGAAAUCGAAACAGCAUGCUGGAGCUGACCAUCAAAAACACUCAGCUGGAGGACAGUGGAAUCUACAGCUGUAUCUAUGGCGAUGCCAAGACCGUAGCCAACAUCACUGUUACACCUAUCCCCCUCACCUUUAAGAUGGGUCUAAAGAACCAGGAGGCCGCUGAGGGAGGCAACGUGACUCUGCGAUGUGAACUGUCCAGGACUGGGGUAUCUGUACAGUGGUGGAAGGGAGAGGACCAGGUCUAUCAGGGUGGGAGGUAUCAGAUGACUCUCAAGGAGAACAAAGCUGAGAUGAGUAUCAGAAACAUCCAGCCUGAGGAUGUUGGGGAGUACAGUUGUGUUUUUGGCGAGCAGAAGACGACAGCUGAAGUGAAUGUGAGAGCGGCGGCAUCAGUGUUCUUUGAGAAGGAACUGGACAGCCAAGCGGUGAUGGAGGGCAAAUCUGUGCUGCUGUCGUGUGAAGUUUCCAGUACGAAUGUCCCUGUCACUUGGAAGAAGGACAAUGCUGUAAUUGAAGAAGGGGGACGCUUAAUUAUUACAAAAAAAGGACCUACGCAUAUGCUUGAGAUCAAGCAGCUGCACCUGGAGGAUGCAGGCGAUUACUGUUGCAUCACCAGGGGCAAGAAGACCACCGCCAAGUUGAUUGUGAGAGAGCGAGUGCGAAUUGUUACAGAGCUUAAGGACAUUACUGUGGCUGCGGGGGAGGACGCCGUGUUUGUGUGCGAACUUAGUCACGCCCAUGUGAAUGAGGGUGUGUGGUGGCUGGGCUCCAGUCAACUGCAGAAAAACGAAAUGAACCAGAUGACAUGCCAGGGUCGCCAACACCGACUUGUCCUCACCAUGACAACACCUGAGGAGACGGGCAUUGUGGCAUUUGCGGUCGGGGAGGAAAGGACAUCAGCGAGUCUUUUAGUGGUGCCCAAGCCCAAAGUUUUAUUUGAGGAGAAGCCUCAAGAUGUUCUAAUCUUGGAAGGAGAGAUUGCUACUUUGUCCUGCACAACCACUGACUUCACCACCACUGUUACCUGGAGGCGCAACCAUAUUCCUCUCAGAAACUGUGAUAAAUUUGAGAUACGCAAGGAGGGAAAAGUGAACUUACUGCUCAUCCAUGCUGUAGAUCCCCUUGACGCUGGAGUUUACUCCUGCGAUACAGGCGAUGCGCAGGCCAGUGCCAAGCUUAGUGUGAAAGAGCUCCCCCCAUUCUUCCAGGAAGAGUUGCAAAGUGUUGAGACUGAAGAGGGGAGCUCGGCCGUCCUGUACUGUGAGCUUUCUAAACCCGGGCUGCUGGUACAAUGGAAGAAGAACAGAUUGCCACUGAGCGUUGGCAGGAAGUAUGAGAUGAAGCAAGAUGGUUGCUUCCUCCAGCUUCACAUCAAGGAGCUUAAACUUGAGGACAGUGGCAGCUACAUGUGUCAAGCAGGAAAUGCAGAAACUACUGCAACUGUUACUGUCAAAGAGCUACCACCAUUCUUCAAGAAAGAUUUACGAAAUGUGUGGAUGGAGGAGGGAGGCUCAGUUUCCUUGAGCUGUGAGCUGUCCAAACCUGGUGUGUCUGUGCAAUGGAAGAAGAACAGACUGCCUCUGAGGGCCAAUAGGAAGUAUGAAAUGAAAGAAGCUGGCUGCCUCCUUCAGCUUAGCAUUGUGGGCCUCAAACCUGAAGACAGUGGCAGAUACUCGUGUCAUGUAGGAAGUGUAGAAUCAAUUGCUACUUUGACAGUGAAAGAACUUCCGCCAUUUUUCAAAGAAAACUUACAGAAUGUAACAGCUGAGGAGGGCAGUGUUGCCUCCCUCUGCUGUAAGGUAUCGAAGACAGAUACUGCAAUACAAUGGAAGAAGAACAAGAUGCCAUUAAGAGCCGGUGACAAGUAUGAGAUGAAGCAGGAUGGCUGCCUCCUCCAGCUUAAAAUCAAGGAGCUGAAACCUGAGGACAGUGGAAGUUACACAUGUCAAGCAGGAAGUACAGAAACUGCUGCAACGGUGUCAGUAAAAGAGUUGCCACCAUUCUUUGUUACAAACUUACAAAGUAUUGAGGUGGAGGAGGAAGGUUCAAUCUCCCUGUCCUGUGAGCUGUCCAAACCUGGAGCGACAGUUCAAUGGAAGAAGAACAAACUGCCUCUGAGGGCCAAUAGGAAAUAUGAGAUGAAACAAGAUGGCUGCCUCCUUCAGCUCAAUAUCAGUGAUCUCAAACCUGAGGACGGUGGUAGCUACACAUGUCAAGCAGGAAGUUCAGAGACCUCUGCAACUGUAGCCGUGAGAGAGCACCCGGUUUCAUUCAAAGCUGACUUGCAAAGUAUGGAGGCAGAGGAAGGAGAUUCAGCCAUCCUGUGCUGUGAGCUGUCUAAAGCUGGAGUGGCAGUGCAAUGGAAGAGGAACCGGCUGCCUCUGAGGGCCAACAGGAAGUAUGAGAUAAAACAAGAUAGCUGCUUCCUGCAACUCAACAUUAAGGAGCUCAAACUUGAGGACAGUGGUAGUUACUCAUGUCAAGCUGGAAGUUCGGAGACUGUGGCAACUUUGUCAGUAAAAGAGCUCCCUCCGUUAUUUGUGACAGACCUACAAAAUAUAGAGGUAGAUGAGGGAGGUUCAAUUUCUCUGUGCUGUGAGCUGUCUAAACCGGCAGUGCCAGUGCAAUGGACGAAGAACAGGCUGCCUCUGAGGGCCAACAGGAAGUAUGAGAUGAAGCAAGAUGGCUGCCUUCAGCAGCUUAACAUCAAGGGGCUCAAGCCUGAGGACAGUGGUAGCUACACAUGUCAAGCAGGAAGUGCAGAAACCAUAGCAACUGUUUCUGUAAAAGACCUCCUUCUGCUGUUCAAGAAAAAGCUACAUAGUAUAGACGCAGAGGAAGGAGCUACAGCUGUCCUGUCUUGCGAGCUGUCAAAACCUACAGUGUCAGUGCAGUGGAAGAAGAACGCACUGCCUUUAAAAGCUAGCAGGAAAUAUGAAAUGACACAGGAUGGCUGCUUCCUCCAGCUUCACAUAAAGGAGCUCCAUCCUGAGGACAGUGGCAGCUACACAUGCCAAGCAGGAAGUACAGAGACCACUGCAACUGUGUCUAUAAAAGAACUGCCUUGCUUUUUCAAGAAAGAAUUACAAAACACAGAAAGUGAGGAAGGAGGUACAGUCAUCUUGUGCUGUGAACUGUCCACACUCGGAGUGUCAGUACAAUGGAAAAAAGACAGAAUACCACUGAGAGCAAAUAGGAAGUACGAAAUGAAGCAGGAUGGCAGUUUGGUGCAACUUCACAUUAAGGAACUAAAUCCAGAAGACUGUGGAAAUUACUCAUGUCGAGCAGGAAGUGCAGAGACUACUGUCAUGGUGUCGCUAAAAGCACCUAAGACUACUUUACCAAAGGAAGAUCCUCCCAUGAUACUACCGGGAACACAGACUACCGUUUCCAAACCUGACAACGUGAAUCUCCCUGAUGCUCAUCCAGUUCCUCUAGAGCCUAAGAAGAGGACAAUGCGAAAAGCAUCAAUAACAGCUUUAGAACAAGAUGUAAAGGCCAUGUAUAACAUAAAACAGCCCGUCCAGUCUUUUCAAAGAGAAACUAAAGACCAAAAAGAGAUCAAGACUGAAAAACCUAUAGAGACAGGCUUUGACAAUGCUCAUGAUUUAAAGCUGUUCAAGGAUAAUACAAAGAAAGAGUUAGAGAUUUACAAAAGACCAACAAUCUUAGUUGAGAAGGAGCACGUGAUUGAAAAAAUUGAUAUGGAGAAGACACAACCAGCAGAGCGACAAACUGAGGCAGAGCUGAGUCACCCAGGCAUGAUUCUUGGAGACUAGGAGUCUGCUGAACAGAACCAACUAUUUAAAUCUCUGGAAACUGAUCCAAAGCAAAAAGUGAAACUUAGUGAAAAUGACAGCGAAGUUAAAAGAAUAGACGACCAUCCAGAGACAACACUGUGGAAAAAAGUAGAGGAGGAGAAAAAUGUAAUAAAACCAUUAGCAAUGUCCAAUGGGAGCAAAAUAACAUUGGAACAAGAAGCAAAGUCAACUAAUAAGGAUGGUGAAGUAGGGAAGCCAGAAGAGGAUGUAAAACCAGGUGUGAGGUCAAAAGGAAAAGUAGCAGGAGGUAGAGAGCCCACUGAAUGUGUUAGAAAAGAAACCGAGGAGCUCAUCGCACACCCAUCAAACUCUACAGUCAAUGAUUAUAAGGAAGGGAAUAAACAGAGAAACGACGUGAAACAACUCGUGACCACAGAGAGCGUAGAGGAGCAACUGAUACAAGUGCCAUCUGUAAAUCAACUGGAGAGCCAUUCUGUAAAAAGAAAAGAACUGCCUCAAGGUAUAAAGAUUAAAAUAAUUCCUCCAAAGCCACCUGUGAGGUCAAAAUGCAAAACAAAGACAGGAAUGGAAAAACAACUGUCAAGAGACACUGAGACAGAUCAAGACGAACAAAUGGUGACAUCAUCCAGAGAUCAGCUACUAAAACAGACAGCAAGGUCUUUGAAAGAAGAGGAACCAAGGCUUGAGCAAAACCAGUCAAUACCAGCAGACACUGAUCUGGUUGUGCCCAAACAAGUGAUCAAACAUCCAGUAAAACCCAUGAGAAAAGAACCGGAAGUGGACAAAAAUAUAGCUGCUGGCUCAAUGGGAAGGAAUGAUGAACAGCAAGAAGUACAAAUGACAGAAGACAUACCUCUCCUCUACAUCUCUGAAGAUGAAACUUUCUCAGAAGCUUUGACCGAGAUCCCAGCCAACCAUAGUAUAAUUCAACCUGAUGGCUUUCUUGAUGAAGCGUCAAGCCAACCCUACAGCCCGCCUAGCAUUCUGGUUCUCCAGAAGACAGUUCAGGAUGCUUCACCAGAGAUUCACAUCAGUGCUGAAGAUGAAUCACAAAUGCAAGAGGCUACUGUCAAGAUGCAGACUCCAUUCAAAGGCCAUGAAACUGACAAAGAUAUGCGGCCAGUCUUGAAAGAGGUCUUUAAGAACCAGUGUGCAGAUAUUGAUGGUACCAUCAGUUUAGUGUGUGCUGUAGAAGGACACUAUGAGAGCGUGCGCUGGCUUAAAGAUGGUCAACCUAUCAGGAGUGAUCAACAACAUUGUAUUGAGGCAACAGAAGGUGGCCUAUGCUCUCUUGUAAUCACUGAAUUGACCCUGAGUGACAGUGGCAUCUACACAUGUGAGGUGGUCAGUAAAUUUGGCGUUACGUCCUACAAUGGAAAUGUAACAGUGGUUCCGCCCCAACAUCCUGCUCAGAUAGUCUGCAGGCCUGUGCACCCACCGCUUGCCGCAAUUACUCCACUGCAGUUGGCUCCACUGAGCCCUGAGGAAAAAACACCGAUUCAAUAUCAGGUCGCAACUUCAGAGACUGAUGCUGAUAACUAUGUGGAGAAUGUGGAUGUUUCUUUGUGGGAGGCCUACAACCUGACAGAGCAGCACAGUCAGAUGAGCCUACAAGAGAGAAGGGCAUCGUCUCUCAUCGCCACCAGCUCCGUGUCAAGUCCAUCUGAUUAUGACACUGCACCAGAUGUGAUGGAACCUGUAGAAAUUAAGACACCUCCACCAAGGGGGGUUCCUGAAGCAACAGACCAAAUGCCUCCAAAAGACUUGGAUCAACACUUCCCUGAUCCCUGCCUUCUUAAGAACUUAUUAAAAGUCAAAGGCACCCAAGAAGGCCAAAUGAGGACAUCCUCUCCUAAACACCAUAGGGCCCACACACCUUUAGCUAGCACUGUCUCUGGAUCAGAAUCUGAAGGGGAAGAAGAUCAACGCGAGAUAUUUGAAAUGUAUGUGGCUCGAGCAGACUGCAACCCCAACAGUGGAAGCAAAGACAGUUUUCUACUGAAGGAGGGUCAGUAUGUAGAGGUUCUAGACUCUGUCCAUCCAGAUAAAUGGCUUGUGAGAACCAAACCCACCAAAACCAACCCUGCUCGACAGGGAUGGGUGUGCCCAGCCUACCUGGAAAAGAAGAGAAAGGAGGCCUUCACACAAUUGCGGGCACCUCAAAAGGAUCUUGAUGGAAUUGGUUCCACAGGAGAAGAGUAUAGGAGGGCUUUAAGCCAACUGAUUCAAGGGCUGAUUGAUGGUGAAGAGGAGUUUGUGAAGGAGAUGGGGAUGUUUAUUUCUCAUCCGUUAAAUUACUUGGACUCAAGUCGCCAUGUCCCUAUCAACAUCCUCAACCAGAAAAAUAUUAUUUUCAGAAAUAUAAAGGACAUUGUCCUUCUUCACGAGAAGUCUAUUCUCCCUGGGUUAAGGGAGUGUACUACAGAUGAUGAUGUCGCCAUGCAUCUGGUCCAUCACUUUGAGGACCUUGAAAAGUAUGUUCACUACAUGCUGGGACAACCGCAAGCAGAGGCUUGCAUUGCUGAUAAAACUACCCAACAAUAUCUCAAAGAGUUACCAGGAUCUGGUAGACCUGAGGCUCCUGUUAUAGAUACCCCGACCUUCCUCCAAAGACCAGUUGAAAGGAUUCAGACAUAUCAAGCUUUACUGAAGGAAUUAAUUAAGAACAAGGCCAAAAGCGGCCAGAGCUGCUAUCUGUUGGAGGAUGCCUUCUCCCUUGUGUCGUGUUUACCUUGGAGGUCUGACAACCUGCACCAGGUCUCCCUCAUUGAGAACUACCCCGCCCCUUUGACCUCCCUGGGUGAGCCUGUGCGGCAGGGAACCUUCACAGUGUGGGAUGAAACUCCAGAAACAAAAAAGACGGCUCGAGGGCACCAGAGACAAGUCUUUCUAUUCAAAGAAUGCAUUGUCCUAUGCAAACUGAAAAGAGAUGCCAGUAAGAACUGUGAUACUUACACCUUCAAGAAUAAAAUGAAGCUGAAUGAUGUAGAGCUAAAGGAAACACUGGGAGGUGAUGAGAAGACUUGGGAGCUGUGGCAUGAGCACAGGGGCUCGGUGCGGACAUAUAUACUACAGGGCCGCUCACCACUGGUAAAACUUUCCUGGCUGAAGGACAUGAAGGAGCUGCAGCAACGAUCCAUCCUGCCCACUAACAACCCCCCUGUGUUUCAAUCACGGCUGUCGCACUGCACAACGAAGAUUGGACAUACCAUCAAAAUGAGCUGCAAGGUUACAGGGUUGCCUAAGCCAGUAAUCACUUGGUUCAAAGAUGGCCUUGUGUUGGAGGAUGACCCUCGGCACAUCAUCACAGCAGACAGGUCAGGCACGUGCAGUCUGAUCUUGGACAGCUUGACUGCAGAAGACUCUGGACAAUAUAUGUGUUACGCUACCAGCAGCAUGGGCAGCGCUGGCACUCUGACUACUGUUGUAGUGCAGGCUCCACCCAGGUUUGUUAGUCGGCUGGAAAGCACUUGUCUGAUCGAGAGUGAGGACAUUCAGUUUACUUGCUCCGCUCUCACAACCCCUUUGCCCAGAAUAAGGUGGAUGAAGGAUGGCAAAGAGUUGACUGACAAGCGAAAAUAUUCAGUCGUGAACGACCCUCGAAGUGGAAUAUUGUCUCUUACAGUUAUCAGUGCAACAGAUGCAGACAUUGGACUGUAUGAGUGUGAGCUUUCAAAUGAGUUUGGUUGUGUCAAGUGCAAGGCCGGACUGUGCCCCUCCUACGUGGCCCCAAAUGACUCCGACAGUGCCCAGGCGCAUGACUUACCUCCUAAAGAUGCAGACUCGGAAGGUUGGUCCUCUGCCUUUGUGAAGAAAUGGCUGCAAACGGAUUUCACUCCCUCCUCUAUUGCAAAGACGUUUUUUCCACCCAUUCAUGAACAGCUAAGAGAAAUGCAGCUGCUUAAAAUGAGAGCUGAGGGUAGUAUUGCAGAAGUCCCUCACUCAGCAUCCAUGGCUCAGCCAGCACAGCAGCAGCCUCCGUGUUACUUGGAGGAGCAGGAGGAAGAAGAACUCUACAUCUCAGAGCAAAUGCAGGAAAUUACAGACGUUCCUCCUUUCAUCCAAGUACCCCCUGAAGACGUGUGCGUUGAACCAAGACAGCCAGCAACAUUUACCGCCAUCAUCACAGGAAGGCCUAUGCCACAGAUACAGUGGUACAAGGAUGGAGAAGAACUUACAACCAGUGAGAAUGUGGAGAUAGUUCAGCAUGCCGCCCGCUGCUCAGUGACCAUCGUGAGUCCAGAAUGUGAAGACAGCGGCAUUUACACCUGCUUCUCCUACAAUCACUCUGGCCAUGUGUCGUGUCAGGCUCUGCUCACAGUUGAAGAAGGUCCGCUGGGAUCUCAUGAAAGAGAGGUGGAGUUGGGGAAGAGAAGAAAGCUAUUUGCCGUCUACGAUGUCGGUGAAGAAAUUGGAAGGGGAACAUUUGGUGUAGUGAAGUGUGUUAUCCACAGAGGGACAGGCGAAGUCUUUGCUGCCAAAUUCUUACCCCUGCGAAGCAGCACCCGCACUCGGGCUUUCCAGGAGAGGGACUUGCUCUCCCGUCUGGCUCAUCCCAGGGUGGCUUGUCUGCUGGACUUCUUUUGCACCCGGCGCACACUGGUGCUCAUUACAGAAAUCUGCAGUUUUCACUGCCUUGUAGACCAUUUGUUACUCAGAGGAUUAGUCUCAGAGAAAGAGGUUCAGUCAUAUAUCCAGCAAAUUCUUGAAGGAGUUGGACAUAUUCACAGCAUGAACAUUUUGCAUCUGGACAUCAAACCAGAGAAUAUCCUCAUGGUAUAUCCACCCAGAGAUGAAAUCAAGAUAUGUGACUUUGGCUUCUGCCAGGAAGUAGACAUAUCCAGACAUCAGUACAGUAUGUUUGGUACACCAGAGUUUGUUGCACCUGAAGUUGUCCACCAAGAACCUGUCAGUGUGGGCACAGAUAUUUGGGCAGUGGGUGUGAUGGCAUAUCUAUGUCUGUUAUGUCGUUGCCCAUUUGUGGGAGAGACAGACCGUGCGACCCUACUAAGAGUGGGAGAAGGCACUCUAAACUGGGAUGCCCCUGACGUCAUGAGUAGAAGUCCUGAGGCCCAGGCCUUUCUCCGUAGUCUUCUUCAACCAGAACCUGACAAGCGGCCUUCUGCUUUUGAGUGCUUGAGCCAUGAAUGGUUGCAGGAUGAACAUGCAGGGGAAGACACGGAUGAAAUUAACACAAAGGGUUUAAAGGUUUUCAUCUCAAAAAGAAAAUGGCAGCGUUCCUUGACUUGCGUUGGUUCCGUGCUUACGUUAAGGCAAAUUCCGGAGCUCCUGGAUGCUCCUCUCAGAGAUAGUGCAGUGACUGUACCCCGCGAACACCAGCAGAAUAGCAGUACCUCCAUGAGCAGUGGUUCGUCAUCCGAGUACGAUGAGGCUGACUCUUGGGACUUCUUCCAGCACUGCAGCCCAACUGAGGAAGAGGAGGAGGAGGAGGUUGAAACGGAGGAGGACUACAACCUUUUGAGCGAGAGAGCGCGGCUCCCAGAACCUUUUGCCAAACUUCAUCAAGGUCUAUAUGAGGAGGAAGAAGUGACGUUUGGGGAGGAGGAAGAGGAUGAUGAGCUGGUUGGUCAGCGGAGCGUGCUAGAACGGUGUGUGAGUGGGCAGUCCGUUGCGUCAUCAGAUGUUUCGUACUUACACACACCUCAGAAUGAACGAAGGUUCAACAAGGGCAGUAGUCCUUCUCUCAACAUUUCCGAUGGGGAUGAAGGUUCAGGAAGCGACGUGGGUCGAAUCCCUCGAGGCAGCGUGAUCCGGAGCACUUUUUACAGCUCAUCUCAUCAGCUUUCACCCAUGUCUGCCAGACACAUGACAUUACGGGACAAGUUUCAGGCCAAAAAGCAGGAAAGAGGUCGCAAGCCACUCCGGAGGAGCUUGUCAGGGCGUCUCAAUGAACCUCUCAUAGAAUACGUAGAGGAUGACACUGAGACCAACCGAAGCCAGAGACGAGGGUCCAUCCAGCCCACGAUGCUCAAGUCCACUUCCUUUGAUGGCAGUGUACCCCGCACACAAACCAAUGUGCCACCUCAAAGAAGGAGCAGGUCUCUUGAUGAGUACUCUCGGCGAUCCCCCAGUUCACCCAAGCCCUCAAAGCCAGGUGACGAAGAAGGUACACAAAGUCUGAAGGAGGAUUUCACAGACGAUGAAGUGGGAGGAAAGACAUUUCUGGCGAUUCCAAGUCCUCAGAGACCCGCAAGAACAAGGCGUUGCAUUGUUCCUGUGCAAGGAACUGUCACAUUGGCUGGUGAAUCUGCUCCCUUAAGUCUCCUCGUGGGUGAUAGAAUGAACCAGAGGUUGGAUCAGGAGCAAUCAGAAGGGGGCGCCUACGCUGGAUCCCAGGUUUCCUUGGCUGAAUCAUCUAUUUUGGAGCGCGGUGGCUCUGAGUCCUCCAGUAGACUUGGUUCAUUUGAGGAGCUCAGAGGGAGGUACAGAUCAGGAGAGAGUGAAGGGUAUGAUGACCCGGGGGAGCCUCUGACUUCACCAUCCCCUCGGUCAUUUCAAGAACUCAAACCAAAAGGCCAUUUUCCUCAAAUCCCACCACGCAACCGCACACGCUCCAGCCCCAACAUAUGUCACAUGCAGACAUCAUCAACACCCAGUCCAAGUCCUAGCCUCUCCUCGCUCCAGGCUCCUGAAAGGCCUCCCAGGGCCAAAGAUAAGAAAGUAGGCCACGGCCUUCAAAGACAUGCAUCUGCGCCAGCUCUGGAAGUUCAGCCACCCACAGGAAAAUCCCCAAAGCCGGGACUCCUGAGUAUCUUCCGCAGGCAGUCUUGGGCUAGCCAUUCCUACUCCCAGCUGGACAGCACUGAGUUAGGACCAACACUGGGAGAGCUAAUGAAGCCAGAAACACCUACCAUGUCGCUGAGAAAGAAAAUGAGAGCUUCAGCCUCAAGUUUGACCAAGCUGUUUUCAAGGUCAUCCAGUAAGGAUGAUCUAAGUAAAGGAGCGCCAAUUGUUAAGGGCUCCAUUCCUCCUGAAAAGAGUCCAAAAAAGAGGACCUCCAAGCGCUUGCCUUCUUUUAAGAUACCAGCAUUUAAGAAAGCAAAAGAUCUUUUAGUCCGCCCCAACAAGGCUGAUGUGCUCCAGUUGGACGGAGGUGGAGUACUGCUGGUGUGGAAGCCCGUUCAGUCUAGCGACCCUGUUACCUACUGUGUGCAGUACUGUACAGAUGGAGUGCCGCAUUCCUCCUCAGGAGGGGAGUGGACAGUCCUGUCGGAGGAUGUGAGUGACAACACCUAUGUGGCCAAGGACCUACCCAGAGGAGCUUCUUAUGUUUUCAGGGUGGGCUGCAUCACCAAGACAGGAGCGGGACCUUUCAGUGACGCUUCGGCCCCCGUAGUCAUGGCAACUCACCCUGAAGAUGCUAACAUUCCUCUCAUCCAGACUGAGUGCCUUGGUUCAAAGGCGACUGGGUCAGAAAGUCAGGCAGCACAAAGGAAUUACAACUUCCUCUCAGAGAUCAACAGGGGUCGUUUCAGUGUGAUCAACUUAUGUCGCGAUGCUGAAACCAGCCAAGUGUUUGCCGCCAAGAUAACGCCUUUCCGGGCGGCGCAGAGACAGCUGGUCCUGAGGGAAUAUCAGCUGCUGAGGAGGCUUCACCAUGCCCACCUGGUACAGCUGCAUACUGCCUACAUCACCUCCUGCUACCUGGUGCUGGUGGAGGAGCUCUGUGCUGGCAAAGAGUUGCUCUACAGUUUAGCUGCAAGAGAUCUGUACUCGGAGGCUAAUGUGGCCGAGCUGCUGGGUCAGAUCCUGAGCGCAGUCGACUACCUUCACGGCCGGCGAGUGGUCCACUUAGACCUCAAGUCUGACAACAUGCUGGUGGACGACGGCAACCACCUGAAGAUUGUGGACUUCGGCUCAGCUCAGUCUUUCACGCCCGGUCAGCCUCUCCACACCGAGCACCUGCAGGGCUCGUCGGAGAGCAAAGCUCCGGAAAUCCUGGAGGGGCAAGGUGUUGGGCCUGAGACCGAUGUUUGGGCCAUUGGAGUUCUCCUGUUCAUUAUGUUGAGUGCCGACAGCCCUUUUCAUGCGGAACUGAGCUGGGAACAAGACAGAAACAUCAAGAAAGGGAAGAUCCAGUUUGGUCGCUGUUACCCUGGUUUGUCCGAAGGAGCGUUGAAUUUGAUGAAGUGUAGCCUGAAUAACAAAUCCUGGGGGAGACCCACUGCGGCGGAGUGUCUCCAGAAUCCUUGGCUGCGUGCUCAUCGCGCCCCGCACCGAUCGCGCCACUCCAAGGUGUGUUUCUCCACUGAUAAACUCAAAGCGUACCUCACGCAGAAGGAGGAGAAGCGAGACCAAGUGCGCACAAAACUUCAGGGUCCCUUCUUCCAGUAGGGAGUCAACAGAGAAGAACAAUGGAAGGGUACAGUAUAGCUUUAACCAAGUUUUGUGUCAAUCAGCUGUCUGCCAUUUAAGCCUCCUUUGAGGAAAUUAUGAUGCGUCUUAAAAAGCCGUGUAUCCCUGUAUGUAAAUAGCGUAGUGGUAAGUGUUCAUUUUUUUUUUUUUUUUUGGGGGGGCCCCUCUGGUUUAAAUGCAAACAUUUCAGGGAUAAUGUUCAGCGAGUGAGUGUGAACUUGAUAACGUUAAUUCUCUGUGCAUGUCACAUUUUAAUUUAAAUAUCUCAUUGUUCAGAUCUUUCUGUUUUGUGUGUAAAUGAGAUUUUUGUUAGGUUGGAUGUUUCAAUAAUCCAAUUUAUUGUCAACCACCUGCUUAUAUUAAUUACCGGAUGACAGGUGAAAUAAAUGGCAUUAA